UUGGCGAGCUGGCUGGCUCAAAAGCUGUGGGCCGAGAAGGCCGAUCCAACCAGUCUGGGCCCAAACCAAACAGUCAGUCGCCAGCCAGUAAUCCAGUAGAGCGCGUUCGGGCACGGACAAGUGUUAGAGACAAGUCUGGUCUCAGAUCACACAAAAUUCCAAAAAAGUAUAGUGAGAAAAGAAAGAAGAGAAAAAAAUCGGCAUUUAGUAAAUCCAAAUACAACCAGACGUCGAAGCGCGACUCAAACGGAAAAACCCGAACCCAAAUCGUUGUUUUCUGGCUCUGGAGAGCCCCGCGCGGAACUGCCAAGCGACAUGAGCUGGGACCAAGGGCCACUCUUGGCCAAAAGAGGACGGCGUGGCCUGCUGGCCGCUCUCCUGCUGAUUUCCCUCGCCGGCCAGACGGCGGCCCAGUCCAAUUACGUGCAGCAUGGAGACAGCGGCAACUACACCACCAACGGAUUGCCCGAGGAGGCGACGCUGGACGGCAAGGUUACCAAGCUGGACGACAUCAGUCCACUGAUCUUCCUCAACCGCACGAAGGCCGCUCUGAAUUGCGCCGCCGGUUCCAUGCAGGUCGAUCUCAAGUUCAACGACCCGUUCCAUGGCAUCAUCCAGGCCGACUAUGAUCGCAGUAGUGCGUGCCGCGUUAGUGGAAAAGGAGCGCUCAGCUACCGCCUCGAGCUGCCGCUCAAGGGAUGCGGCACCAUCCAGAACCCCACCCGUGUGUUCACCAACAACAUCAUUGUUCGAUUCCACGCCAAUCUGGAAAUGGACGGCGACGAGAUCAUCACGAUAGUGUGCCGCUACCCACCUCCCGUGCCCUCGCUUCCACCAGCGCUGCCGGCGCCCAUCCUGAACCCGAUUGCCACCAGUUCUGUGCUGCAGCCGCCGCUGAAGAGCAUCCAGAUCCUGAUGAUCAUCUGCGCCAUCAUGUUCCUCACGCUGCUCCUACUGGGCCUCGCCGUGUCCUACUACUGUCUGCGCAGCCGCUCCAUUCCGGUGGUGCGUCGCCUGCCGAUGAGCAUGGGCAGCGGAUCGGAGAUCACCAAGCUGAGUGGCAGCAGUGUGGGCAACAUCAGUGCCUUCGAGGGCGUCAAGAUCCCCAGAGCCCAUGCCGCCCUUCAGGCGGUCUACAGCUCCUCGGGCAGCGAGGGUGCACUGAUACCCUCCGACUAUCCCAGUGAAUCGCACUCGGAGAUCGAGGAGAUCGACACGAGAUCGCUGCCCUUUAGCUCGGCGGGUAGCUUCGAGAACCGCGCCUUUGUCCACGAAACCUCGAGCAUCUACAGCGAUCACUAUGCUCCGGCUCAGGAGAUGCCGUCCGCGAAUGCGGUGAUGACCACCACCUCGGUGACCCGCCACUCGAUUCCCAUCCAGGAGGCGGUGGCCGCCGCCGACUCACCCAAAUUCGAUGUCCAGGUGCGCGUGAAGAAGUCACCACCUCCACCUCCCUCCCCAGUUACCUCGGAUACGGAGAGUGUGGCCACUUUGCGUCCGGAUCGCAACAAUCUGUCGACCAUCAUGGAGGCCUACGAGGACCGCGAGAGCGUGCUCACCAUGGACUCCCUGCCGCCGCAAGUGGAGACGAUGCACUCGCAGUUCACCUAUGUUCCCGAACUCCAUCCGGCGCCGCAAGUGCCCCAGUCCAUUCCCCUGCCGCCGCCGGCUGUCGUCGAGCCCAAGUUCUCCGUUUACACACGAACCCACCACGAGGUAGUGGAUGGUCGCCCAGAGACCUGGUCCGAUUACACCGACGGCCCGGCACCCAGCGAGAUCACGGACCUGUCCUCCGAGGCACCUGACAUGACGGUGGAAACGAUGCACUACUACGAGGAUGAGUUCAUGCCGGCGGUGGAGCCACCGGUGACCUCGCACACCGUGGAUGAUGUCUAUCUGCGCACGGUGACCGAGAAGAAGACCAUCGAGGACAUCGAGAGCCACAAGCGCAGGGUCACGGAGUACAAGAGCAAGCCGAGAGCACCACUGCCGCCGCCACCGCCGCCGCCGCAAGUGGAUCCCAAGUUCGAUGUGCGGGUGCGCAACUACCCUGGCGACCGGGAGCAGCAGCUGUGGGAGAACUUCUCGGACAUUUCCAGUGCCUCCGGACUGACCCUUACGCCCAAGAUGGAGCGCAGCGAGCUGACCCUGCCGCCGGCGGAGCUGCCGGCCCAGAUUCACGACAACAAGCUGAAGCUGACCAGUCCGGAGCUGGUGGGCAACAUGAAGCCGAUCGAGGUGCCGCCCCAGGACAAGGAUGUGCCCAACUGGGACGUGCUCAUCCGCAUCCUGGAGGAGCCGGAAAUGUCGGAGGUGGGUCAGGACGACAUGAGUUCGGUGCACAAUCUGAGCUACGACGACCGGGCCAAGUGGAAGGAGAUCAUCACCACCCAAUCCUCGCUGCGCACCAUGCUCACCGAGGCGGUGGUGCGCGAGGACUUCGAGCGGAUUCGCCAGGACACCCGGUACGAGCGCAUGUUCGAGCCACAGACCUGGGACGUGAUCAUCCGCAUCCUGGCGCCGCCCGGCGACGAUGAUCCCGACGUGGAGAUGCGCACGCCAAGGCGCGGCAAGAAGGCAUCGCCGCAGCCUUGGGACACCCGAUCCCGACGCAGCUCGCUGCCCACGCUCUACGAGUACGACAGCGAUGGCGGCUCCAGUGUGCGGACCAUACGCAACGAUCCGGGCAUGUCCGGCAUGCUCAUGACAGGAGCAGGACCUGGCGGCGGACCUGGCGGACCCUUCAACCUGCAGCGCUCGCGUCGCAGCUCGCGCACCUCCUACCAGACCGACCACAACGACUUCCGUUCAAUGUCCGAGGUGACCGUCGACUUUGGGCGCCCGCACCAGGUGGACCAUCCGGACAACGUGAGCGACGCCAGCAGCUACUACCGGAUGCAGUACUACGACGACGACGACCGUCGCUCCUUCCACCGCUCGCUCAGCCAUCCCUCGCUGGCCCGAUCCGCCAGCGAGUUCACCGAGCACUGGACCGCGCCCGACGACAUGGAGGUCUCCUCCCCGGAGGGCACUCCGCACACUCGCCGCGCCCGACAGCCCCUGUCGUCCAACCAAGUGGCCCUAGCCGCCGGAAGGAGCGGCGAGCGGGUUCUGUCCCAGACCCAAACGCAGAGCGAGUACGUGGAGACCCACCGGAGGGUCUACCACGCCGAGAAGGAGAUGCCCUUGCCUCCACGCAAGUGGUAAACGGAUCGGAACAUAGCGCCCAUUGAAACUAACAAUCGAUAGAGCACCCAAGCUCCAGAUGAGCCACCUCGUCCCAUCAGGAGCGAUAAUCGAGGGCAGAUCCGCCAGUUUCUCGAAUGCCCAUUGCAUGCAAUUCGAAUUAUGGGUCACAUAUGAAUGAGUACUCAAUAACCUUACAAUAAUUAACAAACGUGCCAAUUACAAUUGCCUGACAAGUAGCC